UAAAAUAUUUUCUUUUAUGAAGAGACUCUUUGUGAUUAAAAAUUCGAAGAAUUCUUCAUGAAGAGGCGGAACCGAUUAAAAAUAUAAGUGGAAGAUGAAUAAAAAGCUGGACAAGAAUGAUUAAAUAAUUAUCGUUGUUUCUCCUAAUUAUUACACAUUUGUGAAAUUAUUUUGAUACUUAUCUUCGGCUUCUUUCUUUUUAAAUUACCAACUUCGAUUAAUUUUGAUCAAGGAAAAACUGAUUUUUGUCACCAACGGUUCAUCAUUGAGAUUGGUCAAGUUUGGCAAAUAUUUUAUUUGAACAGUCAACAAAUUUUAUACCGAAGAAGUUGUACUUGUGAAAACAUACGAGGAACGCACGUGUAAUAAAAAUUUGAAAACAAUCCGAGAACAGUGAAAUUAAUAACACAUUGACAUAAAAUGGCGCAGGAAACAAAUAAUGAUACAACCAGGAGCGAGGAGAAAACGUCACCGGCUGACCUGAAUGGCACAACCGAAAGUUUCCCAACGUCGAAGCUGCGCCAGGCGUUUCCGCAGUUCUGCGCCGUCAGUGCGAAGAACCUUCUGAUGAUCACGUUUGGCUCCACGAUGGGAUUCUCCACGAUCCUGAUCCCCGAGCUCCAGAAGACGAAUCCCGAGAUCCAAGUCACCACGGAGGAAUUGACGUGGAUCAGUAGCCUGAACCUGAUUCUGGUCCCAAUCGGUUGCUUCACGAGUGGACCGGUGUCACAGUUCCUAGGACGCAAGAGGUCCAUGAUGUUGACUACCAUUCCGUUCAUAGCAGCCUGGAUUAUUUUCCAUUAUGCUACCACAACCGGGAUGCUGUUCGUAGCGUUGGCUAUGACAGGUCUAACUGGAGGCCUGCUGGAGGCACCUGUGAUGACCUACGUGGCGGAAGUGACGCAGCCACAUCUACGAGGAAUGCUGUCCGCCACUUCGAGCAUGUCUAUUAUCCUAGGGACCUUCACGCAAAUGCUCGGUGGCAAGCUGGCCAACUGGAGGACAGUGACCCUAAUCAACAUGGCCUAUCCUCUUAUCUGCUUCGUUGCUCUAUGCGUGGUACCUGAGAGUCCCUAUUGGCUAGCCGCGAAAGGACGUCAGAGGGAAGCGGAGCAGUCUCUCUGCUGGCUCCGCGGAUGGGUGGCUCCUAGCCAGGUGAGGUCGGAGUUCCAGAGCAUCUGCAAGGACGUGCACAAGCCUGCGGAUCACAAAGAGAAAGUCUGGAAAUCCUUCAGCAAGAGGACCUUUUAUGCACCCUUCCUCCUAGUCACUUUCGCUUUCUUCAUCAGUGCGUUCGGUGGUACCUUCAGUCUCCAGACUUUCGCUGUGAUGAUCUUCGAGAGGCUGAAGGCUCCUAUAGACAAAUACACGGCUGCAGUGCUCCUUGGUCUAGCCGAACUGCUAGGCACGGUGACCUGCGUGUUCGCUAUUCACUUCACAGGCAAACGACUAUUGAAUUUCAUCUCCAUUGGCGGUACUGGUCUCAGUUUCGGGCUAGCUGCUGUCUACGGAUACCUGGAAAGCAAUCACAUGCUGAACACCGAGGACCUUGCCUGGUUGCCAACCACUCUCAUGAUUGGAGCCGCGUUCCUGUCUCACGCCGGGAUCCGGUUGCUCCCUUGGAUCCUAGCUGGAGAGCUCUUUCCCGUGAACGUACGAAGCAACGCGACAGGAAUAGUCGGCUCAAUGGGCUACAUCUUCUCCUUCAUCGUGAACAAGGUGUUCCUGUAUAUGGUGAACAGUAUGACACUGCCUGGAACGUUCUUCUUCUACUGCCUGCUCAACCUCGCUGGCGGAGUCCUGCUCUACUUUGUUCUCCCAGAAACGGAAGGUAGAUCCCUGAAGGAGAUCGAAGAGCACUACGCUGGCGUGCAGAGCUUGAAGACCAGGCCGAAGAAAGAGGAAAUGGCGUUCAAGGAAAAGUGGGCUGCCACGAACCCAGCUGUGAUCUACGACGACGAGAGCAAGCUCUAACCUCGAGGGAACGAAAGUGAAAAUUAAUAUUCCUGCGAACGACCCGAUUUAUCCUCUUGGUUAUCUCACAAUCACGCAGUGUAUCAUGUCAGAAGUUCUUUGUUCAGCAUGCGAGAGUCUAGGUCUAGUUCUGCGAACUGUGAAGCUUGCUGAGGUAGAAAAAGGAUUCUCCAUUAGUUUCACGAAUGACAGGACCGAUCAUGGAUGCUUACUGUAACUGAAACCUCGUUUACUCGCACUUUUGACAGCCUACUAUAAGAUUCU